GAUUAUAUUCCUAGGCGGAGGUCCAACUAAUUCACUUUGCAUAUGAGAAUGAGAUAGUUUUACCUGUAUAAACGAUCGGUUUUUCAAAUACUGUGAUCUUAUAACCUUCUAGCAGCCGGUCAUUUGAGUGUCAACCGUGGCCACAUGUAACCAGCUUUGUCAACAUUACAUAGUGAUCGCCCAGCCGAUCGUCAUACGACACGGUGCAUCUUAUAUUUAGAACUGCGAAUAGAGACACCACAUGAGAACGCCGUGCCAUGGCACGUAAAAAAAUUACAAGUAACUCGAGCGAUUGCAGCACCUUCAGCAGUGAUUCUACGGAAACCGACUGGAAUCCUGCUGGACCAAGUGUCACCACACCACAGACGCCAGAUCUUCCCACUUUCAGCUCGAGCAUCGACUUUGAGGAGGCAAAUGUAUUAGCUCUAGAAGAAGGCAAUAGCAGUGCAAUUGUCAAAGAGGAACUGAAGUUCUCCAUACUUCAUCGUAGGUACUCAUCUGGGCAAGGAGAUAGGCCUAUUCCAAUCGUGCUGGAAAAAAUUGAAACGGGUGCUUUGGAGCAAAACAAGGAAGAUGGACCAUUUUUAGAAGAAAGACGAGCUAAAAACAAGGAGGCAGCACAAAAGUGCAGAAAGAAGCAGAAGGAAAAAAUGUACUCUCUCAUGCAGGAAGAGCUGCGUGAAGAGGGUAAAGAAAAGAGCCAAAGGUAUGAAAUAGAAAAACUUCGGGAAGAGAAAGAAAGACUUGAAGAAAUCCUGAAAAUGCAUGAAAAAAGUUUGAACUGUAAACGGCGGCGCAUCGAAGGAUCGGCACGGCCUUACACGUUUCAGUCAAGCACGAUGACAUUUCUGUAGUUAACAUAAUGCAUGUUUGACUAUGUACCAAACCAGAUAAAACGUGAUGCGUUGCCAGGUUUGCACUGAUUAUAGUUGUUAUAGACAUUGUGCAAAAUAAAAUACGUUAAAGGAAACAUCUUGACUGUAUCGAGGAUCGUGAUAUCAGUAUCGUCUGGUUUUAUUUUUAAAAAAUAACAUAGCACGUUGACAGUAGCAUAUAUAAGAAAUAAAUGGAUAACAAAUGAAUCGACAUAUCAAAAUAUUUUAAAUAUAUGACCAGAGCGCUGUCAUAGCUGAGUGGUUAUAGCUUCAUACUGACAACCGCGUGUUUUAACAUGUUAAAAUAGCAAUUAAAGACAUUGCACUUUGAGUACCUAUAUCUAGAAAAAAUGUAAGGGAAUUUUGUGAACUUUGUUUUGUCUCAGCCUUCAAUUAAAUAUUGUUAACAUUUGAAUAACAUUUCUAGUGCUUGAAUUUCGGGCCUAUGUAAAUAUAUAAGACUUUGUUUGGCUCAAUAUUUGUUAAAUAUUGGUAAAACCUGUAUAUUAUAAUAAUAGCUGUUCCCAUUGAAUGGGAAUAAAACUAACUUAACUAACUAUGUGUGAUCUCAUUAGAGCUAAAGUCUGUCAACGUUGUGUCACGACAGUUAGAAAAGCUUGUAGUUGACAUAAAUGACAUGUAGCAAUGCAAAUUGGACACAUCAAGUGGUUAUUGACUUUCAAAUAUAUUAUUUAAAUUUC